AUGGGUUGUAAAAGAGGAGGAAAUUACAAAAGAAGAAGUGCAUCUGAAACCACUAAUUCUUAUGAUGACAUUUAUAGUUUGAAGGUUAAAUGUCUGUUUAGGCUGAGAUCUAUUCCAAGUGGCCUCAGUUGGAAGGUGAUGGUUAGAGGCGGGAUGCACAAUCAUAGAGUAGAUAAUGAUUUGGAAGACCAUAAUAUUUUAUGUCGUCUAAAAGAUCAUGAAAGAAAGUUUGUAAAUGACAUGACGAACUACAAUAUGGCUCCUAGGUACAUAAUUGUUGCUUUGAAAGACAAAGAUCCAGAAAACUUCACGAGUAUUACCCAAGUGUAUAAAUCUAGAUCAACAUACAGAAUAGGCAAGAGAGGUACAUUAACAGAAAUACAAAUGUUAUUGAGCCUUAUUCACAAAGAGAAAUGCAUGUGUUGGACUAGAAAUAGGGACAACUCGAAUAUUGUAGGUGAUAUCUUCUGGACACAUCCUGAUUCUGUAAAGUUGUUGAACAUGUUUCAUCUGGUACUAGAUACCACUGCUUGA